AUGGGCGGCAACCUCUCAUCCAAGCAUUCCAAGAUUAUCUUUGCCACCGCCGAUGGUAGCGUCGGGAUCAAGCCGGGGUUUGCGCAAAAGUACGCGCCGUACAUGCCGCUUGAUGUCAAGCUGCCCGUUCUCACACCGCGGCACGUCGAGCUCAUCAAGGCCAACUGGGCCGCGAUCUGCAUCGGCACGUCUGCCUUCGACGCCGAGAAGCACGGAUCGCCUGACAAGUUUUUCCAUCGCACGUUCUACUCACUCCUGUUCAACGCGGAUCCGUCCCUUCGCGCGAUCUUUCGAUCGAGCCUGACGAUGCAGGGCAAGUCGCUGGCAUCGAUCAUCAAGGUCAUGACGGGGGUCAUGUCGGCCAGCAACAUCGUCGAGCGCAUGCAGGCGCUGGCGACGGGCCACCUCAAGUUUGGAGUCAAGCGCGAAUACUACGUAACGAUGGGGAUCACCCUCGUCAAGACCCUCGAAGUGAUCAGUGGCACGUCGUGGUCGCGCGACGUGAAAGAAGCGUACUUGACCGCGUACUGCCUCCUCUUCUACCUCGUCCUGCCCGUCGUCGUGCACUACCAAGCCGACCCCGUGCAGGACUCGAUUCCGUGCGCGAUCACCAACGUCGACGCGAUCGCCCCCAAGUCCCGCCGACUCACAUUGGAAUUUGACUUUCCGCUGCGGUUUCAGCCCGGCGACGGCAUUCUCCUCGGCUCGGGCAACACCAAAGUGUGCUUUCCGAUCGCGUCGUUCCACGACCGACCGACGUCGACACUCGACAUUUGCGUGGACAUGGCUGCGUCCGACUGGCUCUGCCGCCAGGCCAUGUGCUCCAAGCUCAAGCUCUUUUGGGUCGCUUCGAACGUAAACUUUGAGAUCGACACGCCCGAGACGGGACUCCCCCACGACGUGCUCCUCAUCAGUUACGGCGUCGGCGCCGCCCCUUUUGUCGCCAUGAUGCAAGGGCUGUAUAGCGUCAAAGACGUGUACCGUGGACGUGUCGUCGCCCUUCAGUGCGCGCCAACCAUGGAAGACAUUGCGUUCUUUCAUGCGCCACAGGGCGGUCGGUAUGGGGACCUGCACGCGUGGGAUCAGUGCACCAUACACUACGCGGCCCGGGUGACGGAGGAAACGUUCCUCGAGAUGGCCCCAAACUCGCUCGACGACGUCGAAGUGAUCGUGAAUGGUCCCAAAGAUUUUGUCAUCGCUGUCUCGAACGCGUAUGCCGCCGCGGGGGGGAAAACCCCCAUCAAGAUCUAUGGGUUUGACAACCCGAGGCAAACUCGAUAACAACUAGAGUCAUGAACAAGGCAAUGCUGCCGCGUCGUUU